AUGACCUCCAGCAAUCUAUCUCAUUGUUGCUCUACUGGCUUCUUGCAUGAAGGGAAAGCCAAAGGCGAAGUCAAGAACAUCGCAAACAUCUCAACUUACCUCAUCUACCCACCCGACCAAUCCACCCAAAACGCGAUUCUGAUCCUUACCGACGUAAUCGGCCACGGCUUCAUCAAUGCCCGACUCAUCGCAGACCAAUUUGCCUCCAAAGGAUAUUUCGUCGUGAUGCCCGAUCUCUUCAACGGCGACAGCGUCCCCCUCAACAGACCUCCGGGCUUCCAGAUAAUGAACUGGGUCCAAAACCAUCUACCUCUUCAGACAGACCGUAUCAUCGAUGUAGUGUUGAAAGAAAUGCGUGUGAAGAUGGGUUGUGAACAGAUUGGUGGCGUGGGAUAUUGUUACGGAGGAAAGUAUGUAUGCCGCUAUUUGAAGAAGGGGAUGUUGGAUGUGGGCUUCAUGGCGCAUCCAACUAUGGUUGAGGCGGACGAGUUGAGGGGGGUUGAGGGGCCGUUGAGCAUUGCGGCUGCUGUAAGGGACUUCGUGUUUAGCAAGGAAAAGAGGCGUGAGAGUGAGGAUAUUUUGGAUAAGUUGGAUGUUCCUUAUCAGAUUAAUUUGUUUUCGGAUGUGGAGCAUGGGUUCGCUGUUCGUUGUGAUAUGGAGAAGCCUCGUCAAAGGUUUGCGAAGGAGCAGGCUUUUGCUCAUGCCGUUGCGUGGUUUGAUCAGUACCUCUAG